UCUCAUAUAAGUGGCUGCAGAGGCAGAGAGAGCUGGAGACCAGACAGAAGGCUGUAUUAUGAGACUUUUACAAAUGCAGCCCAUAGUCUCGUUGGAAUGUUCUACAGCCUAGACGGAGGACCGUUUUCAGCUGUCGUGUAGCUGCCUGUCUCUGUCCUACAGACCUCACUGCCAAGGGUGGAACCUGAGAGCUAACUCUGCAUCUGGGCGAGCUGCUCAGUAGAUAACUGCUUCCGGCUUGAACGUCACUGGACAUUUUGGCUCUUCAUUUGGCCAGGACUGCAGGCUUUUGCAGCUCUCUUAGUGGGGUGUGGACUGUACAAACAGAGAGAGAUAGAGAAGAGGAGGAAGUAAGGGAAACAGGAAAAAUACGUUUUUUUUUUUUUUGUGGGAACGAGAUCUCCCUCAACCCUCACGCUGGGGAAGGCGGCGCAACCCCCCCACACCUGUCAUCUUCAUCCCGGCCCCUCCUCACAAACUCUGACCUCCCGCAUUAUCAGGUGGAAAGGCCUCUGCCUCCCUGCCCUUCCCAUCAUGCACCUCAAGACCACCAAGUGUAACGCCUUCUGCCUGGUUGCCUCGGUGACCAACCAGGAAGUGUUUGACAGGCCUGAGUCCCGGGCCAGUUUUGAGUCUCUGUUCCGCUCCUUCGACCCGGACGUAAACUUCCAGUUCUUUAAGAGUUUCCGGCGUGUGAGAAUCAACUUCAGCGAUGCACUGGCUGCCGCUGAGGCGCGGCUCCGACUGCACAAGAGCGACUUCAACGGCAAAGAGAUGCGCCUCUACUUCGCACAGUCCGUCCUCAUAGGCAGUCCCCGCCUGGAGCCCCCUAAACCUGACAAACAGUUCCUGAUCUCCCCCCCAGCUUCGCCACCAGUAGGGUGGCAGCAGGCCCCGGACGCCGUGCCCGUCAUCAACUACGACCUUCUCUGUGCCAUCUCCAAACUAGGGCCAGGUGAGAAGUACGAGCUUCACACCGGCACCCCCACCACCCCCAGCGUAGUGGUCCACGUGUGUGAGAACGAGCAGGACAGCUCGGGGGGCGAAGACGACACAGAAGGAAGCACCAGCAGCAGCAACCGCCCCCCUCGCCCCAAAAUCAUCCAGACACGGCGUCCGGACAUCACCCCCGGCGUCAUGCAGUGAGCAGCAGAGAGAAGGGGCGCUCUAACAUCCACAAAGCAUGUCUCCCACAUCUGCCUCUCAGAAGUCAAUGACAACCUGGCCCCUGGGAGGAUGCUGUUGGGACAUGUAAUACAUCUUCUCUAACACUAGGGGGAGUUGCAUCUCAUAGCCCUGCCUUUUCAUGGAGAGAAAGAGCGAGAGACAUUCAUCUCUUAUCAUUUCACAUUUAAUUUCUCUUUCGUCCUCCAUUUGGAACAAUAUUAGACACUUGAGAGAAAGAGAAGUAGACAGAGAAUAAAGAGCAAGGGAUGUUUUGAAUAGUUUUGCUGUAAAAAAACCAGUUUUACUUCAUUUGCUUUGUAACCGUUGUAUAUGUUCAUGGUCAGGCAUGGUAGUGUGAGAGCGAGAUGUUGUAGUCCUCUCUAGAGAGACACCGGGGGAUCAACUUUCUUUGGAUUCAUUGUGACUUGUAAUUCAGGACCCCGUAACAAACCCUGUCUAUAGACUAAUUUCAUACUGUGUACUGGAUCCAUCAUUUUCUUGUCUAUAAGAUGUGUGCGCAUGCUGCAGUGGAGGCCGGCUCGUAAUAAUGGCUGAAACGGCGUCAAACUAUGUGUUUGAUACCAUUCCACCUAUUGCGCUCCACUCAUUACCACGAGCCCGUCCUCCCCAAUUAAGGUGCCGCCAACCUCCUGUGGAAUGCUGCCAUCACUAGCUCAGUGAUUUACAAUGUUUCACUCAUCGAGGAGUACAAAUGACAUUCUAUUUGAUGACAUCACAAUAGACCUAAUUAUUAUUCACGAAUAAUUCCUAAUGGUCUUUACUCCAGGCCUAACAUUUGUAAGCAGAACACUUCAAAGUUACUUUCUUAGCAAAUGAACCUGUCAAGGAGUGAAUUCUAUAGUAGGUCUCCAAUAAUGACUCCUCUGCUUCCAUAGCAUUGAGAUAUGUUACUGUAUGUUAAUACAAAUACAAUACUCCCCUCCUA